CUCGCCUCCCAACUCGCAGUCACUCUUCGAUCCUACACUCCCGCCCAGAUGUGCAUCCCCGAGACCGACGUUGCCCUCCUCGAGUACGUCCGCCGCUACCUCCUCGACGACCCCGACGAGCUCAGCUCUUCUGCGGCCAGCUUACCUCGCUUGCCGACCUGCCACCGGAGCUCCAGAUUCGACGAUCAGCGGAACGACGGAUGGACGCCCUCGUCUGUGGAGCCCUUACCGGCGGAGGAGAGGCAUUACCGGGGAGUGAGGCGGCGGCCCUGGGGGAAGUUCGCGGCGGAGAUACGCGACCCGGCCAAGAACGGGGCCAGGGUGUGGCUGGGGACGUUCGACACCGCGGUGGACGCCGCUCUCGCCUACGACCGCGCCGCCUACCGGAUGCGCGGCUCCCGCGCUCUGCUCAAUUUCCCGUUACAGAUCGGGUCGGAGGAGACCUCGGAACCGAUGUCCCCAGCGGUGGCGGCGCCGUCGAAGCGGUCUGCGCCGGAGCCUGCUUCAUCUUCUUCAUCACUAUCCUCCUUCUCCUCCUCUCGGUCUCCUUCAGAGAAGGCCUCGCCCAAGAGGAGGAAGAAAGAGACGGAGGCGGCCAUCACAUCGUCUUCACUCCCGCCUUCGGUCUCCUUCACAGAAGGCUCGGUGUCGGAAUCAGUUCAGUCGCAGGCCGGUUCGCAAUUCGUGAACCGAACCGGAAUUCGCUCGAUUGGUCCGGUCGGACAACUGAGCCUCGUCUCCCAUGUCUUCGUGAGUUGAAAGAAGAAUGGCAGUAAGAAAGAUAGUGGAAGAAGCAGUACUGUUACUGUCUCGAAUAGGAAAAAAUGUACGUAAGAGCGGAGGAUUUGUGUUUGUGUGCGGAGGAUAUAAUCAAUAAGAGUAAAUCUAAACGAAAGAUGUGCAAAUCUUAAACUAAUUCGAUUGGAUUGUUUCAUAACA